AUGACAACUAGUGAGCACCUAUGGAGUGCUUCCUCUUCGAGUUAUACAGAACUACUGAAUAAAACUGAAGAGUUCAUCGCCUUUCUAAAGGAUGCCAAUCAAUAUGUAAACGAUUUUGAAUUUGACUGUCAUCAGGCUGCUCAACUUUAUUGGCAUGAAGCACAUGAAACUCACUUGCAAACAUGUGGCUUCCUUCUCGAUUAUGAAAAUGACAUCAAGUUGUUAGCACCUCACUCUGCUCCCGUGGCUUGUGCUCUUCAAAUCUUGCCAUACAUGCAGGCCGAAAAUACGCCCACAAUGCAAUCCGGCGUUAUAUACGACUACUACAAUGUAAGAGGAAGGAAAAUGCGGCUUGUUGUGUGGAAGCUGCCAAAAGCACUUGAAGACUUCCACGCGUUGAUAGAGUGUCUUCCAGGGAUGAUAUCAGGUGAUGAGAGCUGCGAAAACCCCCAAGCAAUAUUGCAUUUAUAUGAAAAAAUGUAUAGGAAUUGCCUCCUAUUCGUUAAAACUCCCUCUUCUGGAGUUGAGGGUGCGCUGGCCACCUUCUUUCGACAUAGGCACUUGAUACGCCGCAAACUGCAUUUGCAUCAUGAAGACAUUGUCUCCAGUGAGAGCACGUCCGAUAGUUCUGUGUAUAUAGUUGAAACUGAUGAAUUGACCGAUACUCUGAGUGAAGAAUCAGAAUCAGAAUCAGUACCAGUUAAUUAG